CCCCUUCGUCUCUAUGGUCUACUUCCUUCCUCUCGCUCUUUCCCUUUUCCCCUGGACUUGUUACCGCCACCGCUUUAGCAGCAGAAGGCGUGAAGGGCCUGAGAUUGUAGUAGUGAAAAAAAGCAUUCUUUGGCGACCAUGGCAUUGAGGAGGAGAAUGCCUUCUUCCUUUUUUUGCUUUGGCUAUUUGUUUAUUGAGUUGGUUGUGCUCCUGGGGGUGCUGGUGCAGAGCCCUUUGGCUGGGGGUAACGGGGUCUUUAGGGUGCGUCACAAGUUCCUGGGUCGCAGCCAUACCGUCGGCGAUCUUCGAGCUCACGACCGGCGUCGUCACAGCCGGAUCCUCGCCGCUGCCGAUCUCCCCAUUGGAGGCGUUGGUAUCCCCACCGACACCGGACUCUAUUUUGCUGAAAUUGGAAUCGGGAACCCGUCGAAAAAUUACUACGUCCAAGUUGACACAGGGAGCGAUAUCUUGUGGGUGAACUGCAUCUCUUGCACCCGGUGUCCUCUUAAGAGCGACCUCGGGCUUCAAUUGACGUUGUAUGAUCCAAGGGCCUCGGCAAGUGGGGAUUUGGUCUCAUGCGAUGAGAAGUUUUGUGUAUCCACUUAUGGAGACAUUCCAGGCUGCGUAGCAAACUUGCCGUGCCAGUACAGUGUGCUGUAUGGUGAUGGGAGUUCCACUACUGGCUAUUUUGUGACAGACACCAUCCAGUAUGACCAAGUCUCUGGCAACCACCAAACAAAACCGGUCAAUGCAAGUGUUACAUUUGGGCUUAAACCGGUCAUCACAUACAUUUUCUUCUUGGCAUGUUAUGACAGUUGUGGUGCUCAACAAUCUGGUGAUUUGGGUUCAUCGAAUGAAGCACUUGAUGGGAUUCUUGGUUUUGGCCAGUCAAAUUCGUCCAUGCUUUCACAAUUAGCUUCUGCAGGAAAAGUGAGCAAGAUAUUUGCUCAUUGUUUAGAUACUACAAUUGGAGGAGGUAUUUUCACCAUAGGACAUGUAGUGCAGCCGAAAGUGAAAACAACACCCUUGGUACCUGGCCAGAUGCAUUACAAUGUGAAUUUGAAAGCAAUUGAAGUUGGUGGAUCAUUUCUCCAGCUUCCUACUGAUAUAUUUGACACUGGAGACAAGAAAGGCACAGUAAUUGAUAGUGGUACCACACUAGCUUAUCUACCAGAAGUUGCCUACAAUGCACUGAUGAGUGCGAUACUUUCUAAUCAUCAAGGAUUGAGAAUCUUCACCAUUCAGGACUUUAUGUGUUUCCAAUAUUCUGCAAAUGUGGAUGAUGGAUUUCCAGAAGUAGUUUUUCAUUUUGAGAAUUCCCUCUUGCUAAAUGUAUAUCCUCAUGAUUACCUUUUCCAAAAUACGAAAAAUGUUUUCUGUUUUGGCUGGCAAAAUGGCGCAGUGCAGUCCAAAGAUGGGAAAGAUAUGUUUCUUUUAGGAGAUCUAGCACUUACAAAUAAGUUAGUUCUUUAUGAUCUUGAGAACCAAGUCAUUGGAUGGACAGAAUACAACUGCUCCUCGAGUAUCAGGGUCCAGGAUGACAGGACGGGCGCAACUUACAUCGUCGAUGCUCAUAACAUUUCUCAAGGUAGAAGAUCGUCACACCCAAGAUCCAUUUUCUUGUUGCUGCUAAUGUUUGUGAGCCGUUUGAUUUGUUGAUAUGAGACGGGCUAGUAUAUUGAUUUACUUUAACGAGUUUGCCACAUUCAUAUUCUUUUCUAUAGAGGAAAAAGUGAAAAAAGAAAAGACAAGAAAAUAUAUUCUUAUUUUAGUGAGUUUGUUUCCGACAUUGUUUGUGAUUUCUGAAAAUUCUCAACAAAAUUCUAA